AUGUUCGCUCGUUUGACCACCGCCCUCGUCGCAUUCACCCUCGUCUCUGCCGUCGUAGCGAACCCCGCUCCAACAGAGAUUGAGUACGAGCAAUGCGAAGGUGGUACCGUCCAAUGCUGCGCCAGCUACCAAAAGGCCACAGAUCUGAACGCUGAGUGGACCAAGUGGCUGGGCUUCCUCAACAUCAACGCCAGACAGGUUGAUGCAAACGUGGGCUUCACUUGCACUGGCGUCAAGGCUGGCGGUAUUGGAGGUGCUGCUUCAUGCACCCAGCAAAAGCUUUGUUGCACCAACAGUAACUUCAACGGUGUUGUUGCCAUUGGAUGCACUCCUAUUCUCUCCGCUCUCUAA